AUGGGGGACAAGCAGGACCUUGAGGAAGUACUCGAGAUCCCAGAUCAGGAUAGCGACGAGGAACUGGAUAACAUUAUAGAACAGAUAGCAUAUAGAGACCUAGACAUGCCUGUGGUCCAGAUGCAGGAGCCAGAAGCUCUUCCCACAGAGCCAGUAGCCACAUACUACACCCCCACCAGUACCUCCACGUCGCGCCGAAGCUCCAGUCAGGUCUAUGUGGAGCUGCAGGAGCUGAAGAUGGACCAGAGGAACCAGGAACUGCAGUGGGUGGAGGCAGCACACUGGAUAGGGCUGGAAGAAAACCUGCGAGAGGACGGUGUGUGGGGCCGCCCACACCUGUCUUACCUCACCUUCUGGAGCCUUCUAGAACUGCAGAGGGUCUUCUCAAAAGGCACCGUGCUCCUGGAUCUGGCAGAGACCUCCCUGGCUGGGGUGGCCAACAAGCUUCUAGACAGCUUCAUCUACGAGGACCAGAUUCGGCCUCAGGACCGAGACGAGCUGCUCCGAGCUCUGCUACUCAAACGCAGCCAUGCUGAGGACCUAAAGGCGCUGGAGGGAGUGAAGCCUGCUGUCCUGACCCGCUCUGGGGGCCCUUCUGAGCCCCUGCUUCCCCAGCAGCCAUCACUGGAGACCGAGCUGUACUGUGGGCAGGCAGAGGUGAGCCCAGAAGGAGUUCUGAAGACCCCCCAAGAUUCAGAAACCGUACUGGUACUAGUGGGCCGUGCUAAUUUUCUGGAGAGGUCCGUGCUGGGCUUCGUGAGAUUGAAGGAAGCUGUGCACCUGGAGGACCUGCAGAUGAGGGAGCCUGUGCGCUUCCUUUUCGUCCUGCUGGGACCCGAGGCUCCCCAUGUCGACUACACCCAGCUGGGCAGGGCUGCGGCUACACUCAUGACAGAAAGAGUGUUUCGUACAGCUGCCUACCUGGCACAGAGCCGAGGGGAGCUGCUGAGUUCCCUGGAGGGUUUCCUGGACUGUAGCCUGGUACUGCCCCCCACCGAUGCCCCUUCAGAGCAAGCUCUGCUCAACCUGAUACCUGUACAAAAGGAACUGCUUAGAAGGCGCUACUUGCCCAGUGCUGCCAAGCCAGACCCUGACUUAUACAAGACCCUAGACUUGAAUGGGGGCCCAGGAGGUCCCGGUGACGCAGACGACCCUCUACGGCGCACAGGCCAUCUCUUUGGAGGCCUGAUACGCGACAUCCGCCGACGUUAUCCUUACUAUCUGAGUGAUAUCACAGAUGCGCUCAGCCCCCAGGUCCUGGCUGCCGUUAUCUUCAUCUACUUUGCUGCCCUGUCACCUGCGGUCACCUUCGGUGGCCUCCUUGGAGAAAAGACGCGGAACCUGAUGGGUGUGUCGGAGCUGCUCAUCUCCACAGCAGUGCAAGGAAUUCUCUUUGCUCUCCUGGCAGCCCAGCCACUGCUGGUGCUUGGCUUCUCAGGACCCCUGCUGGUGUUUGAGGAAGCUUUCUACUCGUUCUGUGAAAGCAACAACCUGGAGUAUAUUGUGGGCCGUGCAUGGAUUGGUUUCUGGCUCAUUCUGUUGGUGGUGUUGGUGGUGGCCUUCGAAGGCAGCUUCCUGGUCCGAUUCAUCUCCCGAUACACCCAGGAGAUCUUUUCCUUCCUCAUCUCCCUCAUCUUCAUCUAUGAGACUUUCUCCAAGCUGAUCAAGAUUUUCCAGGAUUACCCACUACAACAGAAUUAUACAUAUGUUCCAAUGAUGCCCAAACCUCAGGGCCCUGUGCCCAACACAGCUCUCUUAUCCCUUGUGCUCAUGGCUGGUACCUUCUUACUUGCCAUGAUGCUGCGAAAGUUCAAGAACAGCACCUACUUCCCUGGCAAGCUCCGGAGAGUCAUCGGGGACUUCGGGGUCCCCAUCUCCAUCCUGAUAAUGGUCGUGGUGGAUUCCUUCAUCAAGGACACCUACACCCAGAAACUCGCAGUCCCUGAUGGCCUCAAAGUGUCCAAUUCCUCUGCCCGGGGCUGGGUCAUACACCCUCUGGGUCUGUAUGCCUAUUUUCCCUCCUGGAUGAUGGUGGCUUCUGCCCUGCCUGCCCUGCUCGUCUUCAUCCUCAUAUUCCUUGAGUCUCAGAUCACCACGCUGAUUGUCAGCAAACCAGAGCGCAAGAUGAUCAAGGGCUCCGGCUUCCAUCUGGACCUGCUGCUGGUCGUUGGCAUGGGUGGGGUGGCCGCCCUCUUUGGGAUGCCUUGGCUCAGUGCCACCACUGUGCGCUCUGUUACCCACGCUAAUGCCCUCACAGUCAUGGGCAAGUCCAGUGGUCAGAUCCAAGAGGUCAAGGAGCAGCGGAUCAGUGGGCUCCUGGUCUCUGUGCUUGUGGGACUGUCCAUCCUCAUGGAGCCUAUCCUGUCUCGCAUUCCCCUGGCGGUGUUAUUCGGCAUUUUCCUGUACAUGGGGGUCACAUCCCUCAGUGGAAUCCAAGUCUUUGACCGCAUCUUGCUUCUGUUCAAGCCACCCAAGUACCACCCCGAUGUGCCCUUCGUCAAGCGGGUGAAGACCUGGCGCAUGCAUUUGUUCACGGGUAUCCAGAUCAUCUGCCUGGCAGCGCUGUGGGUGGUGAAGUCCACCCCUGCCUCGCUGGCCCUGCCUUUUGUCCUCAUUCUCACUGUGCCUCUGAGACGCUUCCUACUGCCCCUCAUCUUCAGUGAGCUGGAACUCCAGUGUCUGGAUGGUGAUGAUGCCAAAAUAACCUUUGACGAUGAGGAAGGUCUGGAUGAAUAUGAUGAAGUGCCCAUGCCUGUGUGA